AUGAAGCACCCAACUGGAUCUGGUUUUCAAUUUGAAGGUGUCAAAUCACUAUUGGAUCUUGAAUCUCACAACAAUGUUCGUAUGGUGGGAAUUUACCAUGAUAGUGAUGAGAUAGAUAUAAAGAACUUUGUUGGGGUGUUAUACAAUGAGAUCAGAGAUCAAUACGAUGCUGCUAGUUUUCUUGCCAGAGUUGGUGAAAAGUCAGCGGAAAGUAAUUGGGGUCUAGAAAAUCUUCAGAAGACACUUCUUUCUGAAAUGGGAGAGGAGGUAACUAAGAGGGGCAGCAUAUAUAACGGAUCCUCGGAAAUAAAACAAAAGUUGGGCAGCAAAAAAAUUCUUCUGAUACUCGAUGAUGUUGAUAAUAUAAGGCAGUUGGAAGCUUUAGCAGGAGGAGGUAAUUGGUUCGGUCCGGGCAGUAGGGUCAUCGUAACAACAAGAGACAAAGAUGUCUUGGAUAAUUACGAACCAGAAGAUGAUCUUGAGAUGAGGAUAUGCUGCAUUGGUGAAGGUGAAAUUGAAGGCAAUGUGAAGGAAGGAUAUGCAAAUGUAGUGGGAUUGGUGGAGGAUUUUGAAAUUGUGAUUAAUCAACUCAAGGAUGAAGAUUCUUCUGAGAAUGUUGUUUCCAUUGUUGGCAUGGGUGGAUUAGGAAAGACCACUCUUGCUCGAAAGAUCUACAAUGACGAGGAGGUCAAGAAGCUCUUCCCUUGCCGUGCAUGGGCAAUUGUUUCCAAGGAUUGCAGAGAAAAGGAAGUUUGUAAAAGCCUUCUCAACUGUCUGAAGAUGUCGACGUCUAAACAUGAAGACUCAAGUAGUGAAGAGAAGCUGAAGCAAAUGGUGAAGAAAUGUUUAAAAGGGAAAAAGUAUUUGGUAGUCCUUGAUGAUGUUUGGGACACUAAAGCGUGGGCCACUCUAAAGGGUUGUUUCCCAAAUAACAGUGGUGGCAUGGUACUAAUAACUACUCGUAAUGAUCAGGUGGCCUACUUUUCAAGGUCAAAGGAACCUCACCACCGACUUUCCUUUAUGGAUGAAGAAGAAAGUUGGAAGUUGUUUUGCAAUGAGGUGUUUGGUGGAGAAGAGUGUCCCCCUUAUUUAGAGCCUCUUGGUAGAUCCAUUGCUCAAAGUUGCAAAGGUUUACCAUUGGCUAUCAAAACCACAGCUGGGAUUGUUGCAAAGAGGGAGAGAUCAGAGGAUACAUGGAAAGAAAUGAUGAAUUUACUCCCCUAUUGGUGUGUGGCUGAGGACAAGGAUGGUAGUGAGGUGAUGAUGGAGAUUUUGAAGUUUAGCUUGGAUGAUUUGCCCAGGAAAUUGAAGCCGUGUUUUUUAUAUCUUGGAAUCUAUCCUGAAGAUGAAGAGAUUCGGGUGAGAGACUUAAUCCAUAUGUGGAUAGCAGAAGGGUUUAUAGAGACAAUCCAAAUUGGAAGAUCAAAAGUACCACAGCUAGAACCUGAAGAUAUUGGCGAGCAAUAUCUAAAGGAGCUGGUGGAUCGUAACUUGGUACAAGUGAGAAGUAGGAGGAGUGAUGGGAAAGGCGUGAAAACAUGUCAGAUCCAUGAUCUCAUCCGGGAAUUGUGCAUAUCAGAGAGUAAAAACCCUGAUAACAAUAACAAUGCCCGUAGGUUGUCCUUUCUCAGCAGCAUAGGAUCCUAUGCCUGUUCAGUAGAGACAUGUAAUGAAGCUCGCACUCGUUCCCUAUUCUUUUAUGGAGAUGCACAUGGGUGGUCACAACAUAUUCCGGAAAAUUGCCAACUUAAUGUGCUAUAUUUUAAACAACAGGUAAAGGGUAGUUCAUCAGAUGAGUAUUUAGAGAAUUUGACACCCCUCAGGUACUUGAGAAUGGAAGUUGACACAUAUAGAUUAAGUAACUUUCGAAGUGUAGAAACACUGCAAGUUCUGGGCAGUUGGUUGUCGAAAAGCCUACGAAUUGGGGAGUUCAAGCAACUGAGACAUAUGCAUAGUAAAUUUUGGGUGAGUUUAUUAGUAGAUAAAGCACAAGGAGUGAAAGAUAAAAUGCAAAAUCUUCAAACCCUAUGUUAUGUACUUCUCAAUUCACAACUAGGGUUCUUACUCGACAAUGGUUGCUUUCCUAGCUUAAGAACACUGGGUGUAUUACAAAAUGGAGACUCAAGGUCAUCAGUAGAAGAAAACUUAAGGAGUCUACACCGUCUAAGCAAUCUACAUAAGCUGAAACUUAAGUAUAUUCACUUUAAACAAGUUCGAUUAGAUAGAAUUCCAUUUCCGUCAAAUCUUACCAAGAUUACCUUGUCAAGCUUUGAGUUUUUCAAGUCCAAAGACAUGAAUACUUUGGGACUAAUUCCCAGACUUCAAAUUUUAAAAUUAGUUGAUGGCGAUUUCACAGAAAAAACUCUUAAUUGUGGUGCUGCUGGGAGCUUUCCACAGCUUCAAGUGUUCAUCAUGAUAGCAGUGGAUGUUAUGUAUCUUACAUCGGAAGAAGGUGCGAUGGCUCGUCUUCAGCGUGCAGUCAUCUAUGAGUGCCCUCAGCUGGUGGAGGUUCCUAAACAAAUGCAUUCCUUGGGUAGUAACUUUGAGUAUGAUGAUGAUGAUGACGACGAGGAUGACGAAGAUGAUGAUUGUUAUGAUGAUGAUGAUGAUGAAGAUGAUGACGACGACCACGACUUUGAUGAUUUUGAUGAUGAAUGAUUGAUUUCUCUGGGGCAUUGGAUGCCAAAAGCAGAACUCUCGUCCAUCAUACAUAUCACUAUAUGUGCUCCUGCAGUCUCAUUAUAUUGUAAUGGUUUUUCUUUAGAAUGACACUUUCCCGUUCUCAUUUUGGUAUUGUAAUUCCUUGAGCACAUUUGCAUUAUGAUUCUCUGUUACAUUGAACAUAUUGAGGGUUUGA